GAGAUAGUAAAAUACGGGUCGAUUCCAAUUUGUCGUUUUUUUUAUCUGCUAGACUUUUGUUGACAAAAUUAUUAGUACAGCCCGCUUUAUAUUAUCCAUAAUAUAUCCAUUGGGGCUUUUUGCUUCCUGCUGCUUUCGGUCCGAAUGAGCCGACCAACUGUCAGGCAUAGUUUCGUGCUUGGGGACAAGUGUACGUGUCAUUUUCUUAAUAUAUUUUUGAUUUCAAUCUGUUGGAUCAUUAGGCUACCCUGUUAUUUCGUAAAUACUCCACUGAAAGCAACCAACUGAUAGUAAGAAUUCUUCCAUUUAACUCCAGUUAUUCAGUUGACGUCUUUUGAUAUAUACUGCUCGAAUAGUAAGGUGUACAUACCAAAGGUAUAACUGACAUUCAAACACAUUCGGCCUUAAAGAAUAAUGCGUUACUAAUGAAUAUUCGAAAAAGGACAUGAACCUCAUCUGCAGGAUAACUAUCCAAUGGAAAAGAAUAACCACAUAAACUUCCUUUUGUAAAUGUCCUGAAUGUUAUGACCAAGUUAUUCGUAAAACAUCGGCACCACAACUAUUUAGUUACUGAAGCAUGAACUUUAAGGAUUAUGAAUAUUUGGAAAGUCUGAUUAUAAAGUUUCGACUAUUUUUAAAAUGGUUAGUAAACUCUCCCAUGAAUUUAAAAAAUAUCAGAGACAUUGUAGUCAAUUACAGCAUAUACUCAAGGAAACGCAACGAAUCCUCAGUGUUAUAAAUCUUGAAAACUUCUUUCCCGAAGAAAACAUUGUGGAAGAAUUAUUGCCACAACUAACAUUAACCAAAAUAACCCAUAUAAUUGGAAACUCUCCGGCCCUAGUGAUAUUUGGCCAAGACAGUAAGACAAAAGCAUCUCUUGUCAAUAAUUUGCUCUCUUUUGCCGUGCUGCCAGAAUGCAAUGGUUCCUGGCGAUGGAUCAGAAUUGGGUAUGGACUGGAAAAUCAUGUCGCCCUUACUCUGGGUCUUGAAUACGAAGUGGUAGAAAGAUUGCAAGCGAACGAAAAACCCUGGAACACUUUACCAGUCGAGGAUCUAAUGAAAUCACAAAACGAAGAUACAAAUUGCCCCACAGUUUUGGAAGUAAGGCUAAACCAAAGUUAUCUGAAGGACGGCGUACAAAUAUUCGUUGCUCCAGAUGUAACGAACGCGCUACAAGUUUUAUUGAGAGGAACACUUAGAAUACUCCCAAUAUUUCUGUACGCAUUGGAUGGCGAGCAUCCGCUUUCCGAUGAAAUUAUCGAAGAGCUAAGAAACUUAAGAGAAGCCUACCCAUACGAUCCGAUUCUGUUCGUUUCCGUUGCAGGCAAGGAUGCCGAGUUGACCGAAUCAGAACAGCACAAACUUGAAAAACAUGUAAAUAACGAAGUGAUCGAUGUUAGUUUAAAAAAGAUGCCUGACUUUCGUGGGCUAAUUUGGCUCGACCAACUCAUGAAUCUCGGUUUUCUACGUCACAAUGAAUCCGUCGAAAUUGAUCGUAUGUGGUUCUCUACUGAAGAACAGAACGCUUCAGCCAACGAUUUAAUCGACUUAAACAAGAUCGACCGAGUAGUGUACCAUACACAAAGCUGCCUGGAGAACUACUUGGUCAAUGCUAGUAAUUAUCUGAAUGACGUGCACACGACUAGUCUACGGAAGUUUAUUCUUAGUGCAUUUGAUAUGGCUCGUGAAAUUCAAAUAACUCCUAGAAGAAUACAAUAUGCUCAGCAAAAGGAAAAUGAGUUAUACGCUAGUAUGAUGAACGUGAUGAGCGAGAAACAGGAAGAGCUUACGGAACUUAUUCAGAACGUAAUACAGGAGAUGAAGAACGACGUAAUGUUACCGACGUUGUGUUACAUAGCCUUAGACGAGCGAGAGAAAAAGGAAUGGUCGGCUGCCCUUCGUGCGGCGACUGUACAGGUUCAGAGAUACGUAUUGACACGUCUAGGGGAUCGAGUAGCCAAGCAGCUUGUCAGAUCCGUAAAUUGUCUUCGAGAAACCUUCAUAGGAACACUUGAAAGAUGCCUGCACAGUUUGGAGAAAAGUUAUGAAAGAGAAUCGAACUUGUUGGCGAGCGAUGCUCUUAAACAAAUUUUAUCGGCCGCCUACAACGUCGAGCUUCAUCAUUCGUCGCCGUCCUUCGUUCGAUUUUUCGUAGAAAGACUUUGGCAAUUUGUCAGAUCGUUGCCGCUGUCGUGGGCUCCGACACCAGUUCUUGACACUUCCUGGAAAAAGAAAGUGACUAUUGACGUGUUAAACUCACUUUCGGCAGCGCGUCUUGCGCGCGCCAUCUCCACGCAAUUCCGGGAUAAGGUUAAAUCGUCUCACGAUACUUUUCAGACCGCACUCCGGUCGCUAGAAAAUCAUUAUUCUGGAAAACUCGAGAGAACGGAAGAACAGAGAGUCGCCAUUCGAAAAUAUCACGCACCAAGAAUGGCAAAAUUAGCGUUAGAGUCGACGUCUAUGAGUGACUUGGUUAGAUUUGGAAUACCUCAUCAAACUAAGGAAAUCGGUAGAGGCCAAUACGGAGUUGUAUUUGCUUGCGACGCUUGGCCCGGUGCUCCAGGACCUUGCGCCGUUAAAUCGGUCGUUCCGCCGGACGAGAAACAUUGGAACGACUUGGCAAUGGAAUUUUAUUAUGCCAGAUCUAUACCGGAUCACAAGAGAAUUGUUAAACUUCGAGGUUCCGUGAUAGAUCAUUCUUACGGCGGUGGCGGUGGUUGUGGAUUCGGGGCAGCAGUUCUUCUCAUAACAGAUCGCAUGAAUCGCGAUUUAUACUGCGGAAUUUGUGCGGGACUCACUUGGCUGGAGAGGAUACAGAUAGCGAUAGAUGUGUUAGAAGGAAUUCGUUAUCUUCACUCCCAAGGACUCGUUCAUCGUGAUAUUAAAUUGAAAAACGUUCUUCUGGAUACAGAAAACCGUGCCAAAUUGACUGAUCUCGGAUUCUGCAUACCCGAGGCAAUGAUGUCUGGCAGUAUCGUAGGAACUCCCGUUCAUAUGGCGCCCGAAUUACUCUCUGGACAUUACGACAGUAGCGUAGACGUUUAUGCAUUCGGUAUAUUAUUCUGGUACAUUUGUGCUGGUCACGUCAGAUUGCCUUACGCCUUCGAGCAGUUUCACAACAAGGAACAAUUAUGGACCAGCGUGAGAAAAGGUAUUCGUCCAGAGAGACUCUCACAUUUCGAUGACGAAUGCUGGAAACUAAUGGAGCAAUGUUGGGCGGGUGAACCUGCGCGGAGACCGCUUCUUGGUGCAAUUCUUCCGGUUUUAGAAACCGUGAGAAAACGAGCCGGCAAAGAAGGCAAGUCUUUAACUGAACUUGGUGAACUCGAACAGCCGCUCCAGCUCGAAGAGACGAGUCCUUCCACGAUGAGGAAUCCUGCUUUAGCCCUCUCCGAACCUUACAAUCAAAGAGGAACCAUACCCAGCAGCCCGAUCUCUUCAAAACGAAAACGUCACCGUUUCGUAAAACGUCCGAUUCAUCAUAUGAAUAACAUGUUACAAGCGAGCAUAUGCUCGAAUCUCUACAUCCAAAUGCGACAGUUCUAAAUCUGACUGUAUACGUUUUAAUCAUUGACUGCGUAUUCAUGGAGAGUAUAAACUCACUCUUUAGCAUCCUUAAUGGAAUAGCGACGAGCUUUUCUCACUUUAGUUACGUAUUAUGCAUUUGAUAUACUUCAUCGUUUAAACAUAAUGGCUAAAUAACCGACGUCGCUUUUGAAUAACCCGUCAGGAGGAUCCCGAGAUACUGUGUAUGCUAACUCUAUUAAUCUUUUGUUUCCUUUUAAUAUUCACGUCGGGACUUCCUUUCAUCAUUUCAUCUACUCCCCUCGAACCUAUUCCUUUUCGCAUUGAACUUGCUUUUUCCCUCUUAUUAACCUUUCAACUUUUUUUUUUUCAAUUUCUACGUUUUUCACUCAAUAAGAAACUGUUAAUUGCAGGAGUUAAAAUUGUACUAUAAGUCUGAGUAACCAAGCUGUAAAUAAAUAUAGUUUUUUAAUUACAUAUUCGCCAACCGUU